CAGUACGUGUAGACCGUCAGCAGAAGGUUCCGCUGUUUCCGCCCGGAACUUCCUAGAAGCGACACCAGUGUACAGCAGCAGUCUGGCUAGAUUUGCUGCUAGCCACAGUGGAUCAGCUGAUGUUUCAGGAGAUGUUCGUAUAGAUGACCGCUUCACCUGCCCGUGAGCUCAGCUCUCUGAAGAUGUGCCGCUGAAGAAUGCGAUAGAUAUUACGCCUGCAGUGAGUUUUGGAGACUCUUGUCAUCCCAGUUGUCAUGGAGAAGCCAUGGAGGUUAUGGGGGGCACUGGAGGCGUGUUUGCUGACUAUGUGCGCCUGGUCCUGGGGAGUCUGUCGUGUCUCCCUGCUGGCCCUCAUUCUGACCUUCCACCUGUAUGGAGGCUUAAUCCUGCUGGGACUCAUCCUGGCCUCUGUGGCCGGCAUCCUGUACAAGUUCCAGGACGUGCUGCUCUAUUUUCCCGACCAGCCCUCAUCCUCGCGCCUUUACGUUCCAAUGCCAACAGGAAUCCCCCACGAGAACGUGUACAUCCGCACCAAAGAUGGCGUGCGGCUCAACCUCAUUCUGCUCCGUUACACUGGCGAAAACCCCACCUCUGCUCCCACCAUUUUAUAUUUCCACGGCAAUGCGGGGAACAUCGGCCACCGCGUCCCGAAUGCUCUGCUCAUGCUGGUCAAUCUGAAGGCCAACGUGGUGCUGGUGGACUACAGAGGCUAUGGAAAGAGCGAAGGAGAACCUUGCGAGGAGGGACUGUACCAGGAUGCCGAGGCCACCUUGGAUUACGUCAUGACCCGGCCGGACAUUGACAAGACCAAAGUGGUGCUAUUCGGUCGCUCAUUGGGUGGAGCAGUGGCCAUCCGUCUGGCAUCGUGCAACCCGCAUCGAGUGGCUGCCAUCAUGGUGGAGAACACUUUCCUGAGCAUCCCGCACAUGGCGGCCACACUGUUCUCUUUCUUCCCCAUGCGUUACCUACCACUCUGGUGCUACAAGAACAAGUUUCUGUCAUAUAGACAUGUUGCACUGUGCCGUAUGCCGUCUCUCUUCAUUUCGGGCUUAUCAGACCAACUCAUCCCUCCGGUGAUGAUGAAACAGCUGUACGAGCUGUCGCCAUCUCGGACUAAACGCCUCGCCAUCUUUCACGAGGGUACGCACAAUGACACCUGGCAGUGCCAGGGUUAUUUUGCUGCCCUAGAGCAGUUUAUGAAGGAGCUUCUUAAAAGCCAUGCCCGAGAAGAGACGGCCCAGGGGACAGCCAACGUCACCAUAAUCUAGAACAGUAACUACUAUUGACUGCUCUAAAUCUGGACCCUCUCAGAUAGAAUGUACAAGUUAUUCUCUCUUUUUUUAUUAUUUCUCUUCUCCCCAACUUCAUAAGCUCUUUCUUUCCAUUGAUCACACACCAAGAAUUCAUUAGAUACAAUUUCAUUUAUUUAAUAGAGAAGGCUGAAUUUUUUUAAGACUUCAGAAUAUUUUUUUGUCAAUUUUUAUAUUAAGUAUGAAUGCAUCUGCCUCAAGAGUUUAAUGCCCUCUCAGUCCAUUUCUUUAUUUGCUGACAAUUUCUCAAAACUAUAGUUAAAUCCCUACCACCUACAAAUGCAAUUGGAAAUAGUUAUUUGCCUAAUCACAAUGGUCAGAACUACUUUCUGAGCUUGAACUGUUCGGUUUGGGCAUCGGUUUUAGAGUAAUGCUUUAAAAUUCAUGAGUAACACAAUAAUGUCUGUGAUUAACAUUACUUGAGACUUUCACAUUUGUUCUACCACUAUAUUUCAUACAUAAAAAGUUGGUAACAGCAAGGUUACACGUUUGAAGGAUGACUGUAUGUAGAGUAAGUUGUUAACCACUGAUUUUAUUUUACUCAUGAAUGACAAACUACUACUCCCAAAAACUAAGACUACUGAACUAAACAAUUCUAACAAACUACUAAACAAACUGAGAAGCUAUAUUCUUAUUUAUUUUGUUUAUGUGGAAUAUAUAUUCACACUUUAAAAAAAAAAUAGAACAGAGGGCUCAUUAAAAUAAUUGUUUGCCUUUUAAAUUCCAGUGAAUACAGUUAAAUGGACCAGGGGCAACUGAUCCUAGUUCAAUCAUCUUUGUCUAUGGCAUUUCAUGCAUUCAAUCUUCUUUACCCGGCUGUAAUGUGUUAGAGCUUUAUGUUAUCACACUGCCUUCUUUUUUACGGAAGGUUUAAAAUCCACUCAGGAAAUCGGCUCAUUGUGGUUUGAUCCCAUGUUUUGGAUUUGCAUAUGGAGCUGUGUGUGAGAAGUAUAGAUUUCUAUACUGAUUUUCAUGUGGGCUACAGUUCACUGUGAGCACUCAAUGAAAAUACCAACACAACAAGCCUAAAGUAUGUUUACUCUCUCUCAGGCUUAGUGAUCUUCUGAAAGUUAGAGUGAAAUCGCACAUAGCAGCUGCUUGACAGUGUUCCAAGCACAGUCCAUUUGCACAAUUUGUAAAUAAAAUCUUUCCCUUCUUUUAAUAAGGUCAAGUGCUUAACAUCAGAUCUUUACCAAUGACCUGUUUUGUUUGGAUUAUGUUGAAAAACCUGCCCAUUGGUGACUGUUGCACUGUGUCACACAUCCAUUUUCUUGGAUUUUCCUUUAAAAAGCAGAAACAUUCACAACAAUGUAAGGAUAAAUUAACACAAAAAUGAAAAUUGCCAUCAUUUACUCACCAUUUAUGCCUUUCCAUACCUGUAUGACUUUUUUUCAGUGGAACAAAAAGGUGAAAUUUUGAAGAGUAUGUUAUUCACUCUUUUCCAUGCAGUUGCAGGUAGAAGCCUCAAGCUUCUUCAAAAGGACUCAUUGAUAAAAGUCUAAGUAUCGUAAAAGUUGGCCAUAUGACUUGUAUGUUGAAGUCACACAAUGAAAGACAGCUGAGAAGUUUUGCCGUUCACUAAAAACUAUUUUCUAGUGAGUUGAAUCUGUCAGAAUUAUGAGAUCUUUGCUGCAAAACAGAUUCAUUCAGAAUGAACUCUCAUGAUGAUUCAAUCAAGAACAAAUACAAUUUCAGUCUAUUUGAAAUUAUAGAAAGGUAUUAUAUGUCUACGGAAGACUUGGAAUAUAGACUGCAAGUCAUCUUGAAAGAUUUUGUCCUCAUUCAUUGUAGUUGAAGAGCAAUCUGCACCUUCUUUGAAAUGCCCCCUUUUGUGUUCCACAGAACAAAGAAAUCAUAUUGGUGUGGAAGAGUAAAUGCUGGCAAAAGUAUAAUUUUUCUGAACUAUUUAAUGUAUCGAAUCAGGGGUAAAGACAUGAGGCUUGUGUUUCUGUAGUCUCACAUUUGUGGUUGACUGUCAAACACCAAUUAAAAGUGAACGGUGGACUUUGCAAACCUGGCCCAUUAUGUAGUGUUGGAUCAAUGCACAUCCAAGUCUGUAAUUUAUUGCAUGCUUUAGAUGCUCAGCACAUUUCAUUUAGCUCUGAUGCACUUUUACGCUCACAUCUGUUGUAAUGCGUGAAAACUGCCUGUGAAUUUUAAGAUGACAGAAUUCAAGGCAGAGUGAUCCUAUGUCAGUUUGCAUGCAACUAUUGCUAUCUUCAAACCAGAGGUUAUGACAGGCUUCCAAAGUCCACCUUUUGGGAUUUUACAAGCUCUUUUGGGUCCCGUCGUUCCCAAGGGUGCUUACGAGAUUGUAUAGUAGCACAGCUGAGCUCUAGAUGUCUUCAGUUAUGUCUGGUAUUAUUUAUGGUUAUUAGUUAUGUAGUAACAGGACAGCUGUGAUUGAGAAAGAAGUGGAACCAGCCAAUGCAAGAGAAAAAGUUCCCAAGACUUCAGCUUUUGGAUGGUUUCAAUACAUAAGAUACUUUUGUACAUCAGUUUAUUGACCUUUUGAUUUUAAAAGAAACAUAAGUAAUGGUCAUUAUUGAUCGUAUAGGCCUAAUUCAUAAGAACUGCCUCUAAACUUUAUAGGAAAUAAUAAUUUCAAAUUAAAAUGAUUUGCAAUGUGACAUUUAGUUGAACUCAAAGUGACGUGCCAUGAUACCUUAUUGAAUGUCUGUGUGGUUGAGUGUAAACCUUGAAACAAAGAUGCUGAAAUAUGAUAAAAUAAUGAAAAUACUACUUAAGAGUUUACUAGAUUUGACUAACACACCAUUGGCAUGUUCUGGCCAUUCUCUGGGGCUAGUUUGUAUGUUGAAAUCUCAUUUCAUCUUGUUCAUAAACUGAAUAUAUGAAAUAAUAUAAAGUGCUGCUCGUGUUUUAUAUUUGCUUUUUACAGUAAAUAGCAGAGCGGAAAGAUUCACUUCUGAAUGUGCAAGGAGGGUUUUCUUAUUCUUUCGACAUCUGUGUUUUGAGCUAUGGAUUUUCUAUUCAAAUCAUUUGUUCAUGUACAUACAAUUGAAUCACACUUUCUAUUUUCUGUGUGGUGACAUGCAAUAAAGAAAUCAAACCCUUCUGAUAACUUGGCUGCAU